AUGGAUGAGGAUAGCCGAUCAGAGGAUGAUACGCCCAUUCACAUGGCGUUUGGUGAAAAUGCGGAUAUAGCUCCGGAAGCAUCUGCAAGAAAGAAAAGUAUCAUGGGGGGCGGGAUGUCUUUUCACCCGACACAAUUGAAAUUACAUGCGUUUGUUUCGGAAAAAGACUUCGAACAACCUGAUGAGGAAUUUCUGGCUAAGGCAAAGGAAGUUGAUGAGCUCCUAGCCCUUACACAGACCGAUCAAGAUGUGGGAUUAGUCGCCCGGAAGACGAUGCCCGUGCUGCUCCAGGGUCUGCGGACAUGGAUUGCAACUACGAAAUCAAAAGUAGACGAAAUGGGGAACUCUAUGUCCCUGGACGCUCGUGUGGAUGCAGAACGUAACCUGAAAUUAAAAUUUCAAUCUGAUUACAACGAAAUGCGUAUUAAAUUUGAAAAUGAACAAACCGAAAAUGAUCGCCUGACAAACGAAUUGCGUAUUGCGGCUGAUAAUUUGUCUCGGUCAAGAGAUGCUGGUAGAAACGCACAAAAUGCUCUUAAUGCUAUGAAAGAUGAGCGUGAUGGAUUAAAGGAUGCAAACCGGCAUUUGGAAAAACAAUUAGAGGAAGCACAGAGAGAGCUGUCGGCAGCGAGAACUACUAUCGACGGCUUUAAAGCCCAAACACUCCCUGAUACGGCGAAGCAAGUUGCAGAUUUAGACCAGAAAUUAUCGAAAGCCCAGCGGGACCUGAAUGCGGAAAAAGACGCGCACAAGUUGACCAAUAAAAACUUAGCGGAUGCGCAAAAUCUGUCUCAAAAGCUUGCUAAGGAUUUAGAUGAUGAAAAGAAGCGCGCUAAAGACAGAGAGGAUACCCUCCAGCGGGAUCUAACAAAAGCUAAUGUACAGCUUAACAAACUGUCUACUGUUGGCCCGAUGCAUAUUCCUAAGGAAAAUGAUGAAGCAGCACAAAAAGAAAUUGAACGGCUUGAAGGAUUAUUGGAUACGGAAAAGGAAAAUAAUCGCAAAGCCCAGAAGGAGCUGAGCGAUAUUAAACAUGAUAAAAAAUGUGUAAAUUGUGAAAAAGCGAUGCAGGCGAAGAAGGAAGCACAAGCCGUCGCCUUCGAGAAGGAUCAAAAUUGUAAUCGACUAUACGAAGAAAACAAGCAGUUGCGAGAUGAGUGGUAUGAAAAGCAAGAUCAACUUACCAAAUUGGAGGAUGAAUUUAAACAAGCGUGCAGCGAGCUUCUCCAGUUCAGAAAUUCUGGUGUUGCUCUUGGAGGAGGUCAAAGACAGUUUCAAAAGGAAGCCCCGGUAGCGACAGGAGACGUAUUACGGUCCACCUCAUUUCCCCUGUUUGAUCCCCAGAAUUUUUCGGCGUCUAAUGAACAGCCUUCAGCUCCCGUAACUAAUCCGGCCAGUAUUCUCCGGAAACCCAGACAGGAAUCACGGGUCGAAUUUUCAGAAGCCCAUGCUAUGCCGCGCUCGUCUUCCGAAGGUCAGGUUCCCAAGGAAACGGUGCUGCCCAAUCAAAAGAAAAACCGGUCAACAGACUUGCGUCAAGAGAUAUUCAAAAGGCAGUCCGAUGAUGUUAGCCGUCAUGCGCGUAGAUCUGAAAACAGAGACGGUUCUGACAUUGAGAAUGAAUUAAUGGACGAUUUGCCGCUUGAUGACGAACUUCGUCGUCCUAGUAGCACGGCCAGUAACGAAUCCACGUCCAGAAAUUUAAAUCUGGAAGAAUGGUUAAUUAAGCAGACGCAAAUAUCGGACAGGGCAGCACUUACACAAGAAUGCGUUGUUGAAUUAAUCACGAAGCUCGCGGAAAAAGGAAACGAUAAAGCCGAAGGCAGUAUGAAACUCUUUACCUUCGAUGAUUCCCAUCCAGAAAAAAUUCAGAAGUGGCUCAUGAAUGUGGAGCAGUGUCGAACCACGAACAAUUGGAAUGAUGAGGUUACUUGUCGUAGAGUAACCGGCGCUUUCACCGGAGCCUCCUUCCAAUGGUUCGAAAAAUUCUGGAAAGACAAUAAAGGAAAGUCAUGGUCCGAUUACUUUAAACCGGCAAUUAGCAUUUUAAUGGCUCGUUGUCUAAAGCGGAUAUGCGCAGAAAAAUGA